GGCGGCAGCUCUGGACUUCAGGUCCAGAAAGUUUGAAGAAGAGCUGAUUCUGGAGAACCGGUCGGACGGGUCAGCCCCCUGUCUGUCAGGGCGGGGCCGAUAAGGGGUAACGGCCGCGUGCGUGCACGCGCGUGCAGUGGGAGGACUCAGCAGGAAGCGAUUCGUCUCUCCGAGUCCCGGUUUCGGUGCUCUAUUUGUGUUCCGUUUUUGUCUGGUUCUGCUCGGGGAUCGAACCUGCACAGAUGGAGAGCAAGUUGUCGGAUCUGGAGAACGCCAUCAACUCUGUGGUGACGAAGUUCCACAGCGCUGCGGACGGCGGGUCCACCUUGAACCCCUCCCAGUUUAAGAGCAUGAUCUCCAAGGAAAUGCCUUUGCUGGCCAAGACGAUGGAGAACGAGGACGGCAUGGCGAAGGUCUUGCAGCAGAUGGAGGUCCAGAAAGGCCAGAACAUCUCCUUCGACGCCUUCUGGAAGCUCUUCAACAACCAGGCCAUCGAGCUCUUCAAGACCAUGCACAAGGAAAAGGGCGCCAAGUGCAACUGCCUGCUGCAGUGACCCGCCUCGCCACGCCCCGUCCUGGACGCCAAACCGGUCCUGGCCACCAGGAGGUGCUACUUGGGGAGCCAGUCAUAAAUGAUUUUAGUUCCAGACAAAAAUGCAGGUGGAAGGAGGAGGAGCCAAAAAUGACUUUAAAGAGGAAGUACAAUCUAAUCAGUUCAGUCAGAAAGGUCAAAGUGGUUUUAUUGAAAUUUACAUUCAUAAAGAAAUCCCAAUAUUUAACAAUCUCAAUGUCCGAUUAGUGGAAAAACGUCCUUUUAAGGCAAGAAAAACGUUUUAAGCAUAAAAAGAUUUUAAUGAAUAAAACCAUUUUCACACAGUAAUCUGCAUCAUUAUUUGUACGACAAUAAUAAAGUUUAGCAUCACAGUGACGUCUUUUCAGACCGUUUUAAAUCAUGUUUCAGGAAAACUACAAGGACAAACUUCAUCUUCAUGAGUAGAACUGCUUACGAUCAGAAUUCACGUCUUCACUUUGCAGUAAAUAAACUGUUUGGACGCUUUUGCUCUUCUGUCUGGUAAACUUUAAGAUGCUAGACUAAAACGGGAGGAUCUGCAGACGACAGAAACCUCAAACGUUUGUUCCUUCAUCAUCCGAGCGGCUCGUUAACCCGAUGUUCUCCUGCUAACGUUUGCCUUUUUUACUCUGGGAAGGUUGCUGACGUGUUUUCCAUCCCGGCCUCGUCGUCUGUGUCUAUGUGAAUAAAGUUUCUGCUUUUGAA